GUCAUUGUCGAGCCGUCAACCAACCACCAUUGCUGCCUGCUGUUCGGUGCUGAUCUACAUACGAAGACACACGACACAGUCUUUGCAAAUUCUUUACAUCCCUUUUCUUCUUUUUUCCCUACAAUUCGCAAAAAGGAUUUUUAUUUAGACCAAAGUCAACGUGCGGAAAUUAUCCUGGCAUAAAAAAUAAUUAAUUAAAACCGAUUAAGUGAAUUUGAGGAGUCCUUUGGAAAUCCUACGAUUUUAUAAACAAUAUUUGCAAAGGAAUUUGGAAAUAACAAAUUAAUAAAUCAUGCGUGAGGUAAUUUCCAUUCAAAUUGGUCAGGGUGGCAUUCAAAUCGGUAAUGCCUGUUGGGAACUGUACCUGCUGGAGCAUGGUAUCAAUCGUGAUGGUACAGCCAAAACCAAAGAAGAAAUGCUAGCCAGUGGCUGUUCAGCUGGUGUGGUUGGAUCCGAGGGACAAUCGAAUUGCACCAAUGAUGCUCGAACCUUUUUCUCAGAAACUGGGUCGGGCAAACAAGUACCUCGGUCGAUAUUUGUAGAUCUGGAGCCGACUGUUAUCGAUGAUGUACGCAAUGGCCCGAUGCGUGGCCUAUAUCAUCCGGAGCAAUUGAUUUCGGGCAAAGAGGAUGCAGCUAAUAACUAUGCCCGUGGUCACUAUUCGAUUGGCAAGGAAGUGAUCGAUAAUGUCACUACACGUAUUCAAAAGAUAGCCGAACAGUGUGAUGGCCUGCAAGGUUUUUUGAUAUUCCACAGUUUGGGUGGGGGAACAGGUUCCGGUUUUACUUCAUUGCUUAUGGAAAGGCUGUCCAUGGAGUUUAGCAAGAAAUGUAAAUUAGACUUUGCUGUCUAUCCAUCGCCCAAGGUGUCCACAGCUGUUGUAGAGCCCUACAAUGCCUUGCUGACCACACACUCAACCCUGGAACAUUCCGAUUGUGUAUUUAUGGUCGACAAUGAAGCCAUCUAUGAAAUCUGUAAAAAUAGUUUGAAUGUAGAUCGUCCAGACUAUCGAAAUUUAAAUCGUCUGAUAGCCCAAAUUGUCAGCUCUACGACGGCCUCGUUGCGUUUUAGCGGUUCCAUGAAUGUGGAUCUGAAUGAAUUCCAAACGAAUUUGGUGCCCUUCCCCCGUAUACAUUUCCCAUUGGUGGCCUAUGCACCGUUGAUGUCAGCCUCGAGAGCUUCGCAUGAACAACAUGCCAUAACAUCGCUGACGAAUGCCUGUUUCGAGUCCGGCAACAUGAUGGUGAAAUGUGAUCCUCGAGCCGGCAAAUACAUGGCCUGUUGUAUGCUGUAUCGUGGAGAUGUUGUACCCAAAGAUGUGAAUGCUGCCGUCUCCGCGAUUAAGUCGAAACGACACAUUCAAUUUGUAGACUGGUGUCCUACGGGCUUUAAGAUUGGCAUUAAUUACGAGAAACCCGCCUUUGUGCCCGACGGAGAUUUGGCCCCAACGAACCGAGCUGUUUGCAUGCUGUCGAAUACCACAGCCAUUGCUGUGGCCUUUAGUAACCUCUGCUAUAAAUUCGAUUUAAUGUUCAAGAAACGUGCCUUUGUCCACUGGUAUGUGGGCGAGGGUAUGGAGGAGGGUGAAUUCACCGAGGCAAGAGAAGAUUUGGCGGCAUUAGAACGCGAUUUCGAAGAAGUCGGUACAGACGAUGCCGAACAGGGCGGUGAGGGUAAUGAUUACGAAUAUUAAUCAGUUUUGAAUACACCUGCUGACGGACAAGCAUGCUAUCGAAAUGUCCUUGUAUUAUCCUAACUAUUAUUACAAAUAAUGUUAUGCAUUUUAGUUAUUUUCCAUAAUUUUUUUAACAACAAAAAAUAAUUAUUCAAUUCCAUUCAAAUUAGGGGCUUCACGAAAGAUUAAAUAAAUUUAAGAAAUUAUUGAGUUUUGAGUAGGGAAUAAAUUACUUUAAAAACUGUUAAAAUUUGUUGAAAAAUAUAGAAAAAAUAAAAAGAACAUGAUUGAAUAAAAUCGUAUUUUGAUCAAAGAAA